AAGCUUGGAUUUAGUUAGAGCGAUUUUGUGGUGUUUUCAAUAUAUCCGGGAUAUUUAGUGAAAGACGAACAAGAACCAAUUGGCAAAAAAGUGAGAUGGAGGAGAAACCCAGCCUGCUGCUCUCCUUACACACUGAGUUUAAACAGGAGUCACUGGAUUCUGAUUUUGACAGUGGAGCUCAGUGUUCAUUGGUGAAUUCAGAGAUAGCAUCAGUGAAGCUGGAAGACUGCUGUCAAACACUGGGACUGAAUGUUAUUAAAGAUGAAGAGGAGGAGGAGAAGAUUGGGGGUUUAGUUAAUCAUGAUGAGAUGCCUGAAGAGGAGGCUUUUCCUACAUCUGAGGAGAAACAACAGGAGGACAACAACGAUGAGAGGUUUCACCACUGCCCCCAUUGUGAAAAAAGUUUCUCAUCUAUAUCGAACUUCAAAAGACACAUUAACAUACAUACUGGAGAGAGGCCUUACUCCUGUUCUGACUGUGGGAAAGGUUUCAUUACAUUAUCUCACCUUACUAGACAUCCCUGUGUUCCCUGUGUAGAGGGGUGCUCACCCCGACCGGUACGAUAUACAGCUCGGCAGGUUUUAGACUUGAUACGCAACAUUGACGAAUUGGAAUCGGAGGGGGAGCCAUGUGUGGACAUUGAAGAGAAUGAGGACGAGGGCGGAGGCGACCUUCAAAUUGAAUCUGACUCAGAGUCAGAGUCUGAAAUCGAGUCUGCUUGUGAUUCUUUGCAAGAGCCUGCAAGAGAUGGCACAGUAUGGGUUCAACCAACUGAUGGGAGCCCGCUGGAAAAGAUUAAAGUAUGGAAUAUUGUUAGAGAAACCCCUGGGCCCACUCCAUAUGCACAGGAAAAUGUAAAAAGUCCUUUGAGCAGUUUCCUGUGUUUAUUUGACACAGAAAUGUUGCAAAGUAUUCGAACCCACACUCUUGCUGAAGCCAAGCGAAAUAGUGCGGAAAGGUUUGAACUGACAGAUGAGGAAUUAAAAGCGUUCAUAGGCUUGCUUUAUAUAAGAGGAAUAACAGGAGGCAAAAGCAUGAAUCUUGAAGACUAUUGGUCUGCUGAUUUGGGCAAUUCGAUUUUCAAAGAGACAAUGUCUAGGCAGAAAUUCAGGGAUAUCAUGCACUAUUUGCGUUUUGAUGACAGAAGUACAAGAGCUGCCCGCAUUGAGACUGACAAGUUUGCCAUGAUAUCUGAGAUCUUUGAUAAAUUUGUAAAAAACUGUGUUGCUUCUUACAAGCCCAGUGCGAACAUAACUGUUGGCAGACAGCUAUUCCCUUCCAAAGCCCGCUGUGGAUUCACACAAUACAUGGCAAAUAAACCAGACAAAUUUGGGAUAAAGUUCUGGAUUGCUGCUGAGGUGGAAACAAAAUACAUGUUGAAUGCUCUUCCCUAUCUGGGAAAAGACCACAGCAGGCUGGCUGGGCAGCGUCUAUCUGACAAUGUCGUGAUGCGUCUGAUGGAACCUUUCUUGGGGAAAGGAAGAAAUGUAACCACUGACAAUUUCUUCACCUCCUUGCCACUGGCAGGAAAUCUUUUGGCAAACAAAACCACAAUCGUUGGUUCAAUGAAUAAAAACAGCCGAGAGAUGCCACCCUGUACACGGGCGCAGUCUGCAAAAUACUCAACAAAGGUUCUGAAGGCUGGAAGCGCUACACUGACGAUUUACCAAGCAAAAGCAAAGGACAAGGUGUGCGUUUUGAGCACAAUGCAUCAGGCCGUUGGAAUUGACAGUGGCGCAAAGAAACUGCCUGAGACCGUUGCCCACUACCACAGCACUAAGUGUGGCGUUGACACCGUGGACCAGAUGGCGCGGAUGUAUUCGGUAAAGGGAGGGAGUCGCCGAUGGCCUGUUGCCGUGUUUUACAACAUCUUAGACCUGGCCGGCAUCAAUGCGCAUAUUUUGUACAAACAGUGCGCGAAUACAACUAUAAGUAGGAGGCGGUUCAUUCUUGAGUUGGCUAAGGAGCUGUGUGCCGAUCAGAUAAUGAGCAGGGCUGCUGGUGCAGCAGCGCAUAAGAGACUUUUGACGGAUACUCCUUCCCCACCAAUGAAAAGGAGACGUUGUCAGGUUGGCAGAUGUGCAGGGAACAAAACGAAUGACAUCUGCCAAACGUGUAAGAGACUCGUUUGUGGUAAAUGCACUCAAACGGCCAUUACAUUUUGCAUCGUAUGUGGGCAUUGAUAAUGAAAUAAGCAGACCACAUCUGUCUUGCAUUCAUGUGAUGCACACACGGGGCUUAUGAUAUUGCGGUUGUGUGAAAAUUGUAGCCUAAGGACUAAACAUUUCUUACCCUCAUUGAUACUGGCGAACAGUCUAUAAGAAAACACAAACAAGACAUGGUACAAUGGCAAAACAUGAACUACAGAUGCCACCCUGUACCCAGGCACAGUUUGCAAAAUAUUUACUAGAAGUUCUGAAGGCUGGGACAUUACAUGUUACCAAGCAAAACCAAUGAAAAAAGUAUGCAUCAGACUGUUGGGGUUGGCAGUGGCACAAAAGAUGUUUGAAAUAAUAGCCUAAUCGGAUUAGAUUUGGCGUUGUUGUUAUUAUGGAACGGGUGUAUUUGGCUUGAUAAAUUUGUUUUGAUAAAUGGUUUGAUUGGAAUUGAAGUUAGAAUUAUCUUAAACUGCAAUACCUUUUAUGUCUUUAUUUACAUCGCUUAAUUCACUUUUAAUUAAUGGUUAAAUUAAACCUCUAGCGAAUGUCUUGUAAGCCUACAAAAACUGCUCACAAUGGACUGGAAUUGGGUUGGGUUUGUUUACCUGUUUUACUUGAAACGCACAAAAUCGGCAUUAAGUGUGGACAGCUAUUUUUGUGGCAUGGUAAUUAGUAGGGGUUUGGGGUUGCGGCCAAUUGCUGGCAGUACAAUACAAUUGUUUUCCCAAUGUGUGCCUCGAUUGCCUGUUCACAUUGUCUGUAAAGACUAUUAGUUUGUUGGUAUGAAACUUGAAGCAUGAAUUUUUCCAUUAUAUUUGAUAUGUUGAUAAAGGGUUUGAUUGGAAUUAAAGAUACCAGAUUUCAAAGCCUAAAGUUUUUCCUUUUCUGUUUAGCCAAUUUUCUUUAUUUAUAUGUAAUAAUUCACUUAAUAAACUGUGAAAUUCAA